AUAUAUGUCCCGCCUCGAGAAGUCACAGAGAGGCUGUUUUUAACGCUCCGCGUGCUUUAACUGAGCGGUAAACUGCUGUCAGCGUCUCUGCAGAGCAAUAUGUUGACUGAGAUAUGGAGGAUGGAGUUCUGUUUAUGUGACUUAUUGCAGUAUUCGCUGAUCCUGGCUUUGGUCGUCUUAUUACUGGUUGUUAUUGCUGCUCACGUCACUGCGAAGAUGGUCGAUCAGACUCGCCACGAGAAGGAGAAACAGUUCCUGACUGCAGAUGGCAAGCGUGAGGAUUUCCCCAGUCUGAUGGAGCCUCCUUCAAUAGAUCUGUCUGUGGUCGUCCCUUCAUACAACGAAGAACUCCGAUUGCCUGUUAUGAUGGAUGAAGCAAUGGACUACCUGGAGAAAAGACAGAAGGAGAAUCCGUCGUUCACUUAUGAGGUUAUUGUUGUAGAUGAUGGCAGCAAAGACAAAACUACAGAGGUUGCCAUGAAAUACACCAAGAAGUAUGGAGCAAAAAAAGUGAGAGUUUUGACGUUGGUAAAGAACCGUGGAAAAGGGGGUGCAGUGAAAAUGGGAACUUUGAGCUGUCGCGGGCGACUUAUUCUAAUGGCUGAUGCUGACGGAGCCACUAAAUUUGCUGAUGUUGAAAAGGUGGAAGAAGGUCUUGAGAGCAUCACAGAGAAGCCUGAUAACAUGGCCAUCUCCUGCGGAUCCAGAGCUCACCUAGAAAAAGAAUCAGUGGCUCAGCGAUCCAUGUUCCGGACGUUCCUGAUGUAUGGAUUCCACUUCCUGGUGUGGUUCUUCUGUGUGAGGGGGAUUAAAGACACACAGUGUGGUUUUAAGCUCUUCACUCGUGAGGCUGCUCUGAAAACCUUCUCCAGUCUGCAUGUGGAGCGCUGGGCGUUUGAUGUGGAGCUUCUCUUCAUUGCUCAGUGUUUUGAUAUCCCUAUUGAGGAGGUGGCUGUUAACUGGACAGAGAUUGAAGGGUCAAAGUUGGUGCCGUUCUGGAGUUGGCUACAGAUGGGUCGUGAUCUAAUCUUUAUCAGACUGCGUUACCUCACUGGUGCCUGGAGACUGGAGUCUGAGAAGAAAACUCAAUAGCUGAUGUUACAGCUAGUGUGCUGUUCGUGAGCUAGCAUUGCCACAAAUGAGUACACUGCGAACGCAAUCGGUGAACAGCAACCAUUAGCAUUUUAUUAUCACUGACCGUGCCGAGAUCACAAAAGGGGAUUGUCUUUCUAUUUUUGUUAUGCUGUUUUCCAUGUUUUUCUUUUACAUAAUGUAUUAGUUUGGUUUCAAAAAAGCAGAUGGUUCUUGGCCAAAUAAAAACCAAAACAAAUCA